UGUGGAGUGGGGGUUGUGUGUGGGAGGCUGAGUUGCGCUAAAAGUUCCAAUGUUUGUUGCAAUUCAGUUCGCAGCGAGUGAGUGACUGUAACAGGGCACGUUCGUCAAGAUUUUCAUUGAAGAUGAAGACUAAGCAGGUUGGUAUCCGUCGUUCAGCACGUCUUAGGAAUAGGGAGCUCUGUUCUGCAGCGUCAAACAUCCCCAUGCAGAAUGUCAAGGAUGACAGCUCAUUGCAGAAAACAACCGGGCCUUCACAUGAAGUAAUACCCGGACUGGAUAAAAUGGCUUCCAGUACAAGUCACCAUCCCUCAAAAAAAAGGAAAUGUGAUCGAGUAGAGACAAAGGAGAAAACUGGCGCUGCUGAGCAGGAUCUGGAAGAUUCUGCAAUCAUCCUUCCCCACAAAGCAUCUCUCAAAUCGACAGAGCAAAAUGAGAAGCCAAUUAUUAAUGAGGACUGCGCAGAAGUGACCCCAGCAGCUCAGGAAAGUGAGGUACCCUCCACAACCAUCGUGGAGUGGAGAGAGACAGAAAAACAAAUGGAGCAUGCAGCUGAAAUUGAAGAACUGACCAAUAAUAAUGAUUCUUCAACAGAGAUACCCACUAAGAAAGUGUUGGAAGUUAUCGAUAAGGGAAUGUUGGAAAACAAGGAAGACAUUGAGAAAGCAGAGAAAAGUGUAGAUAAUGAUACAGAAAGGAGAAAUAGUAUGGAGAUUGAUCAGCCAUCAGGCACCUCAUUCAAAGUGGACAACAGCAUUUUUCUGGACGAGGACAGCAAUCAGCCAAUGCCUGUUGGCAAGUUCUUUGGAAAUGUGGAGAUAAUGCAAGAUCUUCCGCAAUCGGUACCAGUUCUGGAUUCUGUCACCAGGCGAGAGUAUAGGAGGCGGCAUUUCAUUGCAAAAGAUGAAGAGGAUGAAGAACUGGAGGACCGGGCAGUGGAUGAGACAGCAAGAGAGCCAAGAGUCAUGCCUUCUUUGGAAACUGAGGUGCCUGUGGGAACUGAAACGAAAGUAAAUUCUUUGCAGCAAAAUACACCGGAUAUGGUGGAGAAGUGUUUGUGAUGGUCUAUCAAAGCACAGAUGGGAACUGUUAACCAGUCAAGUCAAACCAAAGAUGUCUGAUUUCAUACCUAAUAAUAGCGAAGGCUUAAUGUGUGGCCUGGCUUGUUGUGGAAACUAAUUUUGGUAGUUGCUCAGCUAAUACAUUUUCUAAGAUUGCACAACAUAAAUCUGUGGUAUUUAGUAAUCAAAAUUUUGGCUUUGUUUUUUCAGUUCUGUUCUGUGAUUUUUAUGCUAUAUCUUGCCUUUUACAGUAGCCUUUUAUUUAACUUUGCACUUAAAACAAAAUAGCCCUGGCAUUUGCAUCUAUAGCUUUUAAUAGAGCAAUAAAUCAAAAUAAUGAUGGUGUUGCAUCAACCGUUUAAAGUUGGAAGUGGAAAUAAAUGUCAGAAUAGGUUUGGCAUUUGUGCAGAGCCUUUGCCAAUGUGAGUAUGAACUCAGAAUGUUCUGCCAUUUAAUAUCAUAAUUGCAAUUUAAAACUAGUUUUAUGGAUUUUGUAAAUAUUCAUUUUUUGGAAUAAUUAUUGAUUUCAAUUGCGUGUUUAGCUAAACAUCACAAUUUAAAUUGUGGUAUGGUUUGGAAAAUCAUCUUUCACACUGAUUCCUUUUGGUGAUACUAAAAUGACUUAUCCAUCCAUUAUUAUCCAGGAAACAUUUGCAUACUUGAGAUAAUGUAUUCAUGGGAAUUCAGUGAAUGGUUUUGCAAUUCUUGUAAAUGGUUCUUUUUCUUCUGGUCAGUUACGUUGAAUAUCUUUGUAAAUUCAGGGAAAAAUUGCUAUGAAUAGUAAAUGAAAUGAAAUGACUUUUUUUCAAUACCGAAUAAUUAUUCCAUAGUAUUGGAACAAGAUAAUAAACCACAGCAAAAAUAAACACAGGAAUCUGUGAGUAGCAGUCUUCACAGUGUAGCUGUGUUCAAAACCUAACAGCCAGAAUAAAUUGAACAUUUCACUUUUUUUUUGAUUGAGUCAUUUAUCUUAAUUGGUGCAGUAGGGUAUUUGUUAACAAAUAACAGGGAUGAUUGAUGACAAUUUUCCACAAUGCUCCUAAUUUUAGAAGCAAAGUCUACAACUCCAUUUUCAGUAAGAUGUCUUUAUUCUAAUUCAGUCUUUCAAUUAUCCCCUCUUGUUUGUUUAAUUGAUUAUGGUGAUUUUUUUUUGUAAAAUUAAAAGACUUUGUGGUGUCCUGCUGUUCUGUUGCUUCAGCAGGUUUACUAUACAGUAAAGGGAGAAAAUUAUUACACUCAGUAACACUCAAUUUAAUAUUUAUUUGAGCAUGUGACUCCUUUUGGUUGACCUGUGUCAGUCAUCAGUCUCUUGCAAAUGUCACUUGAAACUGUUCAGUAGGAAUUGUGCUGUAAGUUUUGAUUCUUCCUACCUCUGGGUAUUAUCUCUGGUCCUCAGUCAGCCCCCUGGACCCCAUGUGGAAUUAAUGAUGUUGGCAACAUCCUUCUGGAGAAUUUCUCCCUCUCUUCUGUCCCCAGGACUGUCCCUAAGUCAUGAUUUAUGAGUCAGUUGUGAACUCCUUGUUGCAGCUAAAUUAUGGAGCGUAGUACUAAAUGCCUUGCUUCAAUUAUAUAUAUUCAAGCCUGCUGUCUGGCCUUGAAAAAUACCAAAACAAAAAACCAAUACAUUUUUUAGCAUGCAGUUAGCAGUAGAUGGAAAGUUGUGAACAGUGUUUUCUUCAAGUUGAAAUACAGAACUGAACUUAAAGCACAUUUUUUGCUGUUCAUAAGAUAAAGGGAAGAAAGUCGGUUGACCUAUUGGAACUUUAACCAUCAAGUGAUGUAGUUAUGAGGUUCAUUUCAGAAAUAGUUAAUUUUUCAGUAAACCAUCAAAAUCAGUUCUUUUCAUAUUGCAUGGGAUAAACCAAUUAAACUUUUUAAUGGUAGCUCUUUUUGAAAAAUAUUUUUAUUCUAUUUAAACUCAAUUUAAGAGCAGGUUUGUACAUUUGCAUUCUGAGACUAUUGUGGAUUGUGAUGUUGCUCCUGGCUCAUAUUAAACGUGGACUGGGUUGCUCUACUCUUCACAUUUAACAGGAACUGUAGUUAUCAAAAUCAUAUUGGACAUGGGCCAAUAUGUUGGAUAACAGACAGGAGGAAUUUGAAAGAAGUAGGAGAAAUAAAUGUGUUAAGUAGUGUGCAUAGUCAGAGCAGCCAGAGGAAAACAUUAGUUUGGUCAGGAGAUGUGUAGAACCAGCAAAUCAAAGAUGUUUGUUGCAGGUGAUGGACUCAGACUCAAUGAAGGAAGAGGCACAAAUAUAAAGAAGUAAUGGUUGAUAUUUCACUCUGUAUGAUUGCUGUGUGAUUCCCUGUGGUUUAUGUUAAUGAUCAGAGUGAUAAGCUAACAUGUUUUUCAGAUUAUUAGGAACUUCAUUCUUUUCCUUUCUGUUGUUUGUUUUAUGCCUUUAACAAACAGGCACAAAAUGUCUGUUUUUAAAUGUGGCAGACAAAUAUUAAGAGUAGCUUACACCAGAAAUAAAUCACCGCUCCUCUACUGAUUUGGUUAUUUUAUGUAUGUUCCCUUUGCCUGUUCCUGUUUUUUCCUUUCUUCUAGUCCCAUGAGCUGGGUUGUGGGAGCCCUGCCAACGUAUAGGACUAACUACCCUAUCCUCAGGUAUAAAGAUAGGUACGAGCCAUAGAAGGUAUGUCUGCCUGGUGAUCAGUCUGAUAAUCCUUCUACUGCUUCAUACUUUUCGCCAAAGGAUGACAGGAAAAUGUACUAAAAGAAAAUGUCAUGUCCCAUUCUCUGACUGAAAAUCAUUCCACUCCCUCGUCGCUCCCCCUCCCCCAUGACACCUCUGUGAACCCACCAUUCUGAUGUGUAUCCUCUCCAACUGAUGCCUCCCCCAGGUGAGAUCAGGUAUUCAUCAGGUAGGGAAUUAUGAGGUAAAAAGAUUAAGGUAAAAGCAAAAUACUGCAGAUGAUGGAAAUCUGAAACAAAAACAAACAUUGCUGGAAAAACUCAGCAGGUCUGACAGCAUCUGUGGAAAGAAGGACACAGUUACCCUUUUGAGUCUGUAUGACUCUUCCUCAGAACUUAGAUUAAGACUUGCAUUUCUGUAGUGUCUUUUCACAGCUUCAAGACGUCCAAAAGCACUUUACAGCAAAUGAAGUACGUUUUGUACUGUUGUAGGAUACGCAGCAGCCAAUUUGCACACAACAAACUCCCACAGACAGCAAUGUGAUAAUGAUCAGAUAAUCUGUUUUAAUGAUGUUGGUCGAGGUAUAAAUAUUUGUCAGGACACAAUGGGAGAACUCACUUGCUCCUCUUCAAAACAGCAAUGUGGGAUUUUUUAGUAACCAGUAACAAUCUCUCAGUAAUGCACUGGAGUGUUGGUUUAGAACAGGUGCUUGGUUCUUUGGAGUGGGACUUGAACCCACAAGUACCUGACUCAGAGGCAAUAGUGCUACCACUGAUAACUGGAGAUAGGACUGUACACCCACAACUCCUAUGCCCAAAACUUCUGUUCCCCAAGGAGAAUGUAUCUGGGAGGUACCCCCUCCCUGGAAGUCCCCACAUAAGGACUGUGUGGGAAUUGCCUGGGAACUUUACAUUUCCGAUGGGGAAUUACCCUGCACUGGGAACCAUCUGAUACUCCAAUUUAAAUCAGAAACUUUGGAUGGUCCUGACUCUUUUAGCAGAAUAGUUACCCAGGAUAAACUAGGAUUAAAAAGACUUGUAAUUCCUGGGUAACUAUAGUACCGACCCUUGCCUCCCCCGCUCUCCUGUCCUACCCAGUUACGUUACACGUGUACCCUCCCUGGCUUCUCAACAUGGCUGGGACCUUUAGACUUACUGGUUUACAGCAGCUAGUGCUGUAAAAAGGGGUGUGUGGCUUCAAUUCCCCUGACACUGCUGUCCUAUAGUGAAGAGUUCCAAGAGCUGGUUGAUGCACAUUUCCCAGGCUCAAGUUGGAAGGCUGGGUGAGAAAUGUGCAGCUCCUGACUAAGGUAAGUAAAAAGGAGCAGAAUGGCAACCCAACUGUGAUUGCCACUCUUUGGAAGUUCUGAUCCCUAGUGUAAAAAGUAAUUUAUUGUAGCACUAUGGCCCCUCCCUUGCCUAGAAUCAUUCAAACUUCAUCCAGUUUAAAAACAUUUUUUUAAAAUUCCCUUACUGGCCUUCAUUCUCAUUUUCUCUCCAUGACCUAAUCUUUCUUUGUUUGACAUGUGUGCAUUCAUACACAGUUACAAUCCAAAGCUGGAAUUUUUCCCAUGUGGAACUGUGCAAAUAUACUGAUCUGUGUCUAAUUACAAACUGAAAUCUAAGACCAAGCAAUGAGUAAUUAGAGGAACCUUCACCAAUUGAGGCUCGUUUCAUAGACUUUCUGCACCAGUUUUAUUCCAUUCACAAGUGACAAAAAUGUCGACUGAUGUUUUUUUUCUCAAGUGAAUCCAGUAUAACUGAGUCUAGUUAAGAAGAAUUGACUGAGACCAGGUGCGUUUGCAAUGCAUCAGAUUCUGGACCUUCCAAAUGUUGCUGUACUGGUGUCCCUAAAAACAAGUGUGGAAAGAGUGAAAUGCUUCGGGAUCUAAAAUGAAGGCCAAAAAAACAGCAGAUCCCCAGUUUUCCAAUUGAGGUCAUUUUGCCACAUAACUGUGCCUUCAAUAACAAUGGUGCUUUACUAAGAUUUAAAUUUUAAAGCACUUAAUGUUUGGCAAAUAAGUGGUCAACCUAUUUAUAGAGGUUCAAAGUUGGAUGACAACCAGGCUUGUUUCACUUAUAAGUUCUAUAACAUCUAUUAGAAAAUUGUCUUAAUGUGAUGGAUGCUGAUUGAUUGAUUUCUUGAGGUUAGAUUAAGAAUGUGCUAUGCCCCCCUCCUACAAUGAUAGAUCAACAAGUUGAUCCAAGAAGUGAAUAAGCCUUACAGACCGGGAAUGUACCAAAUUCAGCACAGAGUAUGUAUUGAGUUAGCUGAUCUCAGCUGGGCUUGUGGCUGAGCACCUGAAGUUAGCCUUAAUCCUCUUGGGUUAAGGACUGGGUCUGGUUAUUGAUCUUAAUUGAUAUCCAGUGACCCCGUGCAUGUGUAGGCAUUGGUUGAGGGCAGAACUCCCUCAACAACAACCCCACUAUAGUAAACAAGGCUGCCAGCACACAGUCAAAGCACACACACAUGAAUAAUUGUUACUUGGGUUAGCGCUGAAGGACAAUGAGUAUGCAAAGACAAAUUGCCUUUGUGAGAGGAAGAAAAUGGUGAAAUCUUGUGGAGUGAGGAGUCGGGGAAGACUGAUGUGAAAUGUAUUAAGUAGAAAAAUGGAGUGUACUGUCAACACCAUCUCAUCCUUUUUUUUAAAAAAAGAUUUUAAAAAAUGAACUUUUCAGUCGACAUUGGAGCAAAUUGUGCUGUAGAAAACAAAAUAAAAAUUGAGCUUUUAAUUCAUAAUAUUUUUGGUAUUUGCACUAUGAAGUUUAGAGAGAAGUGUUUAUAAAUCCAGAGAUUGAAAAGUGUGUGUUCUCAUGAAUCAAUGUUUCAUAAAUUUAGAUUUGGUUUUAUUUCCUUGAAUGCAGCUUCUUUUAAGAGGUAUUGCCUUCCCACAGCUGCACCUGAUAUAAAGGUACAGGAAUCUGUUGGGGAAGGGUCAUUUUUUUUUUGUAGAUCAACAUGAACAAAAGGAAUUAACUUCUUUAAAUAGAGGAUUGAUUGGCUUAUUGGAGUGUACAAAAUAUGUAUGUAUAAUGUGCUUGAAUAUUCUAUUUGUAAAAUUGGUUAAAGGAAAAUAAACAGUUCUGGUUUUAAAAAAAA